CUUACAUACGUCACGAUAUAUGGCCAUCGCUUCGGUCGUCUGCCCGGCUGUAUCUGACCUGAUCGUGGUCCUUGUGACUUGGUACAAAACAUUUCGACUCGCCAUAGAAGUGCGGAAGUUACGGUUUAAAGGAUCGAUUGCGACGAUGCUGAUGAGAGAUGGCACGCUCCACUUCAUGGCCCUUUUACUUCUCAACAUCUUCAAUAUCCAAUCCCAGUUUUCAGGGAGUCGGUAUUCAGGCUGCGCCGCAAUUUUCCUGCUACCAAUGACAUCAGUCCUGGUGUCACGCUUCAUCCUCAAUCUACGCCAGGUGUCUCUCGGCAGCGCGGGCUUGAAUACGAUUUCUCACAGCACCGUGGACACACCAGACCUUCCCUCUCGCCUGGUUGGCAACUUUGGCUCCGAGCUCCAGGACACGUCUCUUGUUUUUGAGGAUGUCGAGGAUAGCAUGGAGGACGAGCAGAAUGGAAGCGAGGACUGUGAGGCCUACGAGUUGGCGCAGGGGCAGUAGUCAUCGUACAAGCUCUGCAAUCGUUUCCGACAUUGCCGACUCUGGCUGUAGCCCCAAUUUGCACCUUGACAUAAUUUAUCGGUCGCGAUCUAUCGCGAUAUCCGAG